AUGGAAGAUCUGAAAACAGAGGAGUCGACAGAAUCAGAAAAUUAUGAAGAAAGCAGUUUAGAAAUUGACCACAACCUCAAUUUUUUGAAUUAUGUUUGGGGCGAAAUUAGUCGCAAUAAAACACUCAACCAAAGUGUUUCCUAUCGAGAAAGAUGGGAAAAUGUCUACGUCUUUUGGAAAAUCAUGGGCAAGCUUGAGUCUUUUAUGUAUUACGGGCUACUCUGCUGCUGCGAUAAUCUUCUCUCUACUCUGACGAUUAUCCCGACUCGCUGCUUCCUCGCCAUUAUCCGUGCAUUGAUAUGGCCAUUCACGCGAAUAUUCGGGUCAAAGCGAAAGUUCGUUUCCGAAGCGCAAAUGAUGGAUGUUGCGCGUCUUCUUUUAGUAGCAGUUACUUGCUGCUGCUGGUUCUCACCUAUUGUAUAUUUUAAUCCCUCGGUAAUUUACCACACGAUCAAAGGCCAAGAACUCCUCAAACUAUACAUUAUCUUCAAUAUGCUUGAAGUCGCUGAACGUCUAAUUGCGUCAAUCGGACAGGAUGCGAUGGAUACUCUAUUUUAUACGAUUUCAAGUUGCUCCUUCUACCGAGUUAUUCUACAUUUCUUCAUCGCUAUUGUUUAUAUGUUCAUACAUAGCUUCAUAAUGCUUGUACAAGCCACUACACUCAAUGUCGCCUUUAAUUUGCACAACAAAGUUCUCCUGAUAAUAAUGAUGUCGAACAAUUUCAUCGAGUUGAAAGGGUCCGUCUUUAAAAGAUUCGACAAGAACUAUCUGUUCCAAGUGGCAUGUGCUGAUGUCCGAGAACGUUUUCAUCUAUUUUGGCUCUUAUGUAUCGUUUUGGUUCGAAAUAUGUCCCAGCACCAGUGGAACAUUGUUGAGAGCUACGAUCUUCUGCCUUACAUGGUGAUGAUCGUCAUUGCCGAGUUCUUCAUCGACUGGAUGAAGCACGCCUUCAUCAUCAAGUUCAACGGUCUGACUGUAGACAUUUAUCCGGAAUACAGGAAAACGCUGACGCAGGAAUUCCUCAAGUCAAAGAAUCCCCAGCACGGAGUUGACCAUAUUGAUCUCGUUAGUCGAAGAAUGGCAUACUCUCCUUUACCCCUAGCAGCUGUUAUAAUUCAUAUUUCGCUUUUGUCCUUCAAAGUUUACGGUGGCAAUAGCAGUCAGUUCAAUUACGCUACCGUCAAAAUACUUGCUGCGGUCUUUGCCAAUCUCUACCUUUGCAAGGUAAUUGUUGGAUUGCUGCUCGUUUCCGCAUCAGUCCGAACUCUUCGGGAGAUUUACGAAGUCACCAAGUUCAAUGAAAAGUCUCCAAAAAUACCAAAAUUGGUGGACCCUUACGAGCAGUUGCCUCGAAAUACUUCUUCGAAGAACAUACGAGAUCGUAUCGGUUCCGAGGCGUCCGUCAGCGCGACCGUCGCAGCGACUCCGAAAGACGUCACUCCAAUCAAAGAGGCGCAUUCUCCUCGGAAAUCCGCCUCUUUUCACGAGAAGAAAUUGCUGAAGAAGGUAAAUUUUUACAACUGGGAAAUUUCCGCCAACGAACACGAAAACAAAAUCAUCAGAAAAUACCGGAUCCUAAAAAGAGAGCAGUAUACCCUCUACAACAAGCUUUCGAGGAAAGUACGUGAGCAAAUCCGACGCAUCCGAGACCUGCCACAGAACGACAAGUUCCGAGCAUACGCGACAACAAAAAUGCUCGACAAACUCUACAACAUCGGACUCAUCUCGACGAAAGAGAGCUUACAAGAGGCAGAGAAGGUGACAGCGUCUGCCUUCUGCAGACGUCGCCUGCCCGUCGUAAUGAUGAAGCUAAAAAUGGCACAGACGCUGAAGAUCGCAACAGAGUUUAUCGAACAAGGACAUGUGCGCAUCGGACCAGACAUUUGCUUGGAUCCCGCCCGAAUAAUUUCACGUGAGCACGAAGACUUCAUCACGUGGAGAAACAAGUCUAAGAUUAGAGAGAAACUGAACGCAUAUAACGAUGAACAGGAUGAUUUCGAGCUCUGCUGA